CUCAGUCGCGUCUCGGCCAUCGUCAAAGAAAGUCGAGAUAUUUCGCGUCCUAACUUUUGUGACUUGAAUUGUAGAACAUUUUGUUGGCAAAUGGAAAUUUGGAAAUGUGGAUUAGUCCAUAUAUUUGCUGAAGUAUUAACCUGAAAGAUGGCAAAUGCAGCCGUAGUUCGAUCCCCGACAACAGAACGACUCUAUUCCCCGAAGCACAAGAACCCCAUUUCGAAGUCGCGAGGUCCAAACGAGAACGCAUCAUGUAUGAGACCUGACAACCUAUCAGAGAUCCUUAGAGAUCGCGCCUUGUCGGGGAAGCCGAGAAAUUUUGCCCGCAUUUCAGGAAAACCGAGAAGCUUUACCCGCUCCCCGUGGAAGCUGAUGAACAAUUCGCACACAUUAUGGUCGAGGAACUACCCCCACCUGCUAUGCGGGUCCCAUACUUCAGGGGAACCGCAAACCGUCACCGACACGCGAGAAAACUAUCGUCACACAUCAUGGGGACCGAGGGAGUCUACCUCUUCGACAUGGGCACGAGGCACGACCCACUCGCCAUGGGAGUCCUACACUACAGGGAAACCGAGAAGCUAUACCCUUACAUCAUGGGAGUCGGGUAACUCCACACCAGGGACGCCGGAAAGUCCUACUCUUGUAUCGGGGAAACCAAAUAGCACCCCUGAGUUAAAUCCCCUCAAAACCCCACCGAAGGAAAAAGACCAGCAGAAGGAAGACAGUGCUAACAUUCAGGAAAUAAGACAUCCGUCUAAGAAAAGAAAUAGUUUUGGUCAUGUAGAAAUACACCAAAAGGACAGCAUACACCAGGAAAAGAGAGCAGAGCAAUCACUGAAAGCAAAAGUUAGACUGGAUGCUAUGUUUGAAAAGGAAAAUCAAAACGGUAUAUGUAGCAAGGUGUCUGCAGGAACCUCAACGACAAGUAUAGCAAAAGGUCAAGGCAAAAAGGGAAAGUUGUCUCUGCGUAAGAUCCCUAUUUAUGUGAAGUGCUAUACAUGCGGGAAUUUGGUGAAAGAUGUUCACUUUGAAGAGCAUCUAUUUUUUGGGGAGACUGAGUGCACUCAGUGCAACUGGAAGAUAUCCAGCUGUCAAGCAUUUUGCGAAAAUAAAAUAGACCAAAUAAUGGGUAACUCAACAUGUCUACAUACUUUGACGUAUUGUAUGACGCCUUCAGAGUAUAUUUCAAACAAUUUAUCACAAGAAUCGCCUCUUGAAUUAGACAAUAGAUUGACGUUAUAUGUCAGCUCCCUUAAACAGCUGACAGCUUCAGAACCAUGGAAAAAUGCUAUUGUUCAGUGUCAAAAUUUUCUGAAUGGGGAGAGCUCUGAACCAAGUGGAGCAAAUGAAGAGCCUUUUCAUGCUUUAGAAACAGAAACUGUCUUGAGUCUUCCAAUCGAGACGGUCCCAAUAAGUAAACAGGAGAUUAAAAACUCUCCUGCAUUUGUAAAUGACGGUGAGCUAAUCCUGUCUCAGUCCUAUGAUCUUGAACAUUUAAAUGAUAUAGUGGAAAUUGAAAUAGCCAAAGACUCUCCUAAGACGUGGGGAAGAUCACCGCUCUUGUUUCCUGAAUUCAGUGGAGAUGUGAAUAUGAGUCCUAACAGCCAAUCACAUCGUCAGAUUAACGUUGAUACUUGUGGCAAUCUCAUUAGAGACGCUUUGCAGAGCACAAGUUCAUUGGACGUUGCUUCACAAAGCACAAGUUCAAGAGAUUUAGCAUUGCAAAGCACAGGUUCAUGGGACGUUGCUUUGCAAAGGAAAAGUUCAUUGGACAUUGCUUUGCAGAGCACAAGUUCUAGGGAUGUAGUUUUGCAAAGCACAAGUUCAAGGGAUGUUGCUUUGCAAAGCACAAGUUCAUGGGACGUUGCAUCACAAAGCACAAGUUUAAGGGACGUAGCUUUGCAAAGCACAAGUUCAAGUUUGCAAGGGUAGCUUUGCAAAGCACAAGUUCAUCGGAUGUUGCUUCGCAAAGCACAAGUUCGUCAGACAUAGCUAGAAUAGCUGGCGGUUUGAAUUCAACCCAGUUACAGAAACGCCGCAAGACAAAACCUAAACCUUCAAAACGAUCCAAACCCAACCCAGACACUAGCAGUUUACAAGCAAGUAAUGCUGCAGAGAAAAAGAUCAUAGAGACCCCAUCAAAUGGGCAUUACCUCAUUGUCCGCCAUGCAAUUGAAGAAUGUCCCAUGUGUUAUACUGAAUUCUGUCCUUCAAGAUUUACUGUGAAUAUAAACACUUUCCUCCUUUCUACUGUGUGUACUGGUUGUGAUUUGACCGUUUACAUAGUUUUUGAUCCUCCUGACGGCUCUGCUCCGAAGAUUGUCAUAGAGACAGAAAGUGGCCCUCCUGUGAUGCAAAAGGAUUGUGCAUCAAAGAGGAAAAAUACAGGGCAUGAGGGGAAGUCACGGGUUAGAAACUUCUUUAAGCGUUAAUCAAUUAAUAUAUGACCAUACUAACUUCAUCCAUUUUUUAAAAUUCAACAUCACCUGUACAUAUAUUUUUUUUAUACAUUAUACUGAUGAGCUAUUAUUAAAACUGUAAAACAGA